ACAGGGCACGCCCCCCGCCCCGCCCCGCCCCCCUCCGCACUGGCUGAGACCCCUCCAUCUGCCCGCCUGCUCCCCUGGCACUUUGUGCGCGAGAGGCAGCAGCGCAGUGUGAUGACGUAAGAGAGCCAGCGCCCCGCAGGGAGCCGCCAUUUUAGUGAAUUCUGUUCUGGUUGCAUCCGGAACAGUUUAUUCAAUUUUUCCGCGGAGAGGAAUGCUGUUCACGUUUUAACUAAAUAGGGCGUUUAGAAAGAUGGUGUAACAAGAUGGUUAAAGGUAUAGAUUUCAGAAUUAAACAAUAAUUGUAUUAUUCGAACCCGGCUCCUCUGUGUGACUGGGCAAAUCACUUAACUUCUGUGAGCCUUAAUGUUAUUUGUAAAACAAAAAUGUCUAGCCGUCAGACCGUAGUAAAAAUUAAACGAGAGAAUUACCUAGGAUACAUCUUGACAAAUAGCAGUCACUGGGUAAGUGGCAGUUGUUCUAAUAAAUAAGUAUUGGUUUUGUGUUUUCAGGACUGGCAAUGGAAGGUUUAACUCAAUAUUUGGUUUUCUCAGGUGGAGGAACCCGAGUUUGCUCAAGAUUUCAUCUAAUGCCUUCUCCCCGAAGGCAGAAUCCACUAUCGCCUAUUGGAGAACUCUCAAAAUCUCUACUCCAUAUUUCUCUCCUGAGUUCCAGAUGUGUAUAUCCAAAAGCUUAUUGGACAUUUCUACCUGAAUGUCCCCCAUUCACCUCAAAUUUAACAUGUCUAAAGCUAAUUUCGUUUUUCUACGCAGACUGGUGAACUGCAACCCACAACCAGCCCUUUGCCCAGGCCAGAAACCUGGAAGCCCUUCACUUCUUUGUUUCCCUCACUUCACAUAUCUGAUUGUUAUUAAAUCCCUAUCACGUUAUUUUUCCCCUGGACUGCUGCACUGGCUUUCUAACUGGUCUUACCUUCUCCCCAGUGCUGCUGUGGGAACAUUUAAAGAGGUAGCUACCUACCUCAUCAUUAGGUUGUGAAUUUUUUUUUCUUUUUAAUAAAUUUAUUUAUUUUGGGCUGCGUUGGGUCUUCGUUGCUGGACGCUUGGGCAUUAUCUAGUUGUGGUGAAUGGGGGCUACUCUUCGUUGCGGUGCGCGGGCUUCUCUUUUUAGUGGCUUCUCUUGUUGCCGAGCAGGCUCCGCGGCAUGUGGGAUCUUCCCGGACCAGAGCUCGAAUCCGUGUCCCCUGCUUUGGCAGGUAGAUUCUUAACCACUGCGCCACCAUGGAAGUACACUAUUUUUGAAUGAAUAAAUGAAGCAGUUUUGGGACUUCCCUGGUGGUCCAGGGGUUAAGAAUCUGCCUUCCAAUGCAGGGGACACGGGAGUAAUCCUUGGUCAAGGAACUAAGAUCCCACAUGCCAUGCGGCAACUAAGCCCGUGUGCCGCAGCUAGAGAGCCCACGUGCCACAACGAAAGAUUCCGCAGGCCGCAACUAAGAUCCUGCAUGCCGCAGCUAAGACCCAAUGCUGCCAAAUAAAUAAAUAUUUUAAAAAUAAUUUAAAAAUUUUAAAAAGGAAGUUUUGUGCUGAUUCUUGCAUGCAAUAGCUCAUUCCUUCCACCAGGGGUCAGCCUGGUCCAGCCUUUUCAUCCUACUUAGUAUGUGAGAAGAGAGGUUUCUAUUCUUUUCAAUCCUGGGAGGAAAGGCGUGAAGGUGACAUUUCCUUCAGUAAAGUCCUGCUCUGUCAAUACUUUGCAUUUUGGUAGUAAUGAGAGAAGAGUUCCAGGACUGUUUCUGUAGGAUUUCUCCCUCGGUUCCACUUGGUCCUGAGAGCUGAAGCAAUCACUGCACAUUCCUUACACUGUCACUUAGACACAACUCUAUUACUUUAUUCCCUGCUCAGGGUAUAGUGUCUUAACUGUCAUCGCUUGCAUUAUUUCACUUUAACAGACUGACUAUCCAUCUGAUAAACUCACCCUCAUUCUGAUGAUUUACCUGCCUCGUUGCUAAUGAACAAGUAAUUAACUCUUUAACAUUUCCAUGCAUAAUAAUUAGGAAGUGAUAGAAUUUUACCUGACAGAAGAAAGAGGAAGAGACAUUCAAGUUACAGGGAACAGCUUAGACUAAAGCACUGGGUUAUGAAGCAGAGUGGGUGUUUGAGGAACAACAAGGAGCACAGUAUUGCUGGAGUUUCAUGCUAAGGAGAUGAGGAGAGCAGUUAGAAAAGUUGAGGCUGGAUGAUGAAGAGUCAUGUAUGCCCUGAUAAGAGUGUCUUUCAGACAUUCACAAGCUGUUGAAGGGAACACAGGGGAGUGACAAAUUACAGGUACUUUUACAAACGUCAGGCUGGCAGCAGCAUGGAGAAUGAAUUGGAGGGGAUGAGACUAGAAACUGUUAAGCAGGGUCCAAGGCCACUAGAGUUAGGUGGGACAUGGUGUGGGUUCAGCUAUCCAAGAGGUAGAACUGAUAGAACUUUGGUGACUGUUAGAUGGGAGUGAGAGGAUGGGGGAAGGAAAAUUGAUACAUAGGUUUCUGACUUAAUGAGGGGAUACAGAAGGAAAAGCAUGUUUGGAUGGGGGAAAAUAAUUAGUUCAGUUUUGGACAGGCUGAAUUUGUGGUCAGUGGGAUACCCAAGUAGGUAAACCAUUCCAUAGAUAUAUGGAUAUAAAUUUCAAGGGAGGAGAUGACUUAGAUGAAGUCAUCCAAGGAGAGGAUGUAAACUAGAGUAAUUAGGGAAUAAACUGAAGGUGCAAUCCAAGGGAAUACCAGUAUCUGAGAUAACACAUAUAAAGUGCUUGGAACAGGACCUGACCCAUAGUGAGCAUUGGUCUGCCUGGCUUGGAGUUGUAUCUGACUCCACAGGAAAGAAAGUAGUGAAGGAGGAAAGGACAGGAUAGGCCAGUGUAUUUACUCUUUAUUUCUUGGAUUACCCCAUUUCUAACAUGUGGGGGCCCUGGUCUUUUCUAAGUGCUAUGAGUGGGAGAGGGAUGAUGCACUCAGAGCUUGGUGAUUGUUCUGGGCUUUGCCAGGAGUCAGCAGUCAGCAAAGCAUAACCAGAGAAAGUGAGAGAAGGGGGGCCAUCAGGAGCUAGCCAAAGGGGCUGCUAGCUUGUGCUAUGCUGCAGCCUUUGUCCUACUGAAACUGUCCACACAAUGGAGUUGGGUUACAUGCUGACCUGGCACUCUAAAUAUGGGGCUGGGAUAGAGAUUCCACAUGGUAGAAGCAGAGAUGGAUGGCCACCCAGCCCCUCAGGACCAUAUCGCUGUUCAACCACAUUGUAAUUGUUAGAGAGGGUGGUCAAUACUAAAUCAUAAAUCAUGUUUAUAUCAGAUUAGUUCAUGAAUCAGUUCAUUUAUACUUUAAGGCAGCCAACUUGUGUAUAUUGCUUGGGCAUAUCUCAUCUGAUCCUCGUACAAUCCUGUAUGGUCAGUAGAUAUUUUUAUGGAACUCAAACUUGGGUUAUUCUUUAGGUCCUGGUGUUACAGGCUGGCUAGGGAGUAGCUUCAGAAAGGUAGUGGGUAAUCACAUGGGACCCACUGUGGAGAAAUGAAGCAAGACCAGUAGCUCUGCCUGAAGAGUCCCUAAGCUUUAUAGACUCACUUGAUCCCUAGUAGUGUGGAUUAUGCUUCCUAUGGCACCUCUAUGGGACAGAAAUCGGGCCUUCCUUAUUGAAGAGGGGAGUAAACUUAGGAUCACUAGCUCCAGGAAUAUAAAUAGGUUGAAAGGCUGAUGGUUAGUAACCAAGAGAUAACUCAAUCAAGUGUAGAGCUAGAUGAGACUCCAGGAUGUUUACUACCACAAGCCAGUAAGACUUAAAAUAACUCUGUAACUACCCCAAGUUUCUUACUUUACAAAUCCCUUUUAUCCAUUUCUGCAGUUCCUAGUGGAAAAAACUUCAAAAAUGUUUAUAUGUUUACUUAAGGCCAGAAGAGAGAAAGGUGGAGAAUCUAGAAGUAAACUUCGUUGGCAAUCCUUGAAAAGAGCCCCAAAUACAAGAAUAGAGUAGAGUGGUAGCAAAAAAGUGAACGAACUAGCCAGAAAAGAAGCCAAAGAUGAACUAGGGUGUGUCCUGGGUGAUCCCGAGUGCUGACCCCAAGAAUCCCCUGCACUCCCAGGCAAUUCCUCACAGGUGCUUUCCGUUGCCCAUUCCAGUGGCCCAAGUGCUCUUUCAGCAUUGGUACCUUCUCACUGGUUGACUUUGUUUCUGGUGAGGGAUGGGAAUGGCCUUACCUCCCCUUCCCCGGAAUUCUUUUCAUUGUCUUCCAGAUCCACACAUUAGCUUUCCUCUUUACCUCUCUGGCUCCUGAAAGCCAGGUUCAUAGAGAUGAUUAGGGAGUGAAAGAAUGAGUCUCUCCUUUCACUGUGAGUACCUCUGGUUGACUGAAGCCAUUAUAAGCUCCAGCCCCUCACUCAGUGAGGCUGGGGUUGAAGGGCUAAGGAGGAAGAAAAGCUUGGUAGGAGAGAGAAGCGCCGAGGUUGGGGAGAGUGGAUGCCUAGGUGUGAGAAUGUGUGAGUACAAAUGUCGAAGGCUGCCUUGGGAAGGGCAGUGACUGGGGUUAGGGGUGGCAGGUUGAGGGAUGAGGCUCCUCUGUAUUGGCUGAAGGAAGGAGAUGAGGGAUGUUCCCUGACACAGGAGCAGAGCUCUCAUCUCUCUGGCUGCCUCUUUCUCCAGUACCUGAAACAACUGUUCCUCAUCUCCCAACUCCACCCACCUAGACCUAGAAUAGCAGUCUCCAAACUGGAGCAGGACACCCAACAGAGACUCCAGACCAGGCUGGCAAAAUGGUGACCUGGGAGGUCAGAUUCCUGGAGAGAGGAGAAACCACCAUCUUUUUCUAUAGACUCCAUCCUUCUCCCAUUGAAGCCAAGACAUUUCAUCUUCUCUGCCAUUAAAUUCCAGUCCAGGGACUUCCCUGGUGGUCCAGUGGUAAAGAAUCCGCCUUCCAAUGCAGGGGACGCUUGUUUGAUCCCUGGUUGGGAAACUAAGAUCCCAUAUGCCGCAGGGCAACUAAGUCCGCGCCACAACUACUGAGCUCGCAAGCCUCAGCGAGAGAGCCCACGUGCCUCAAACUACAGAGCCCACGGGCCCUGGAGCCCGCAUGCCACAACUAGAGAGAAGCCCACGCGACACAACAAAAGAUCCCUCAUGCUGCAAUGAAGAUCCCGCGUGCCACAAGUAAGACCCAACGCAACCAAGAAAAUAAAGGAAAUAAAAUAAAUAAAUAUAAAAAUAUUUUGCCUCAUAAUUUUAAAAAAUAGUAAAACAAAAAAUAAAAUAAAUCUCAGUCCAACCAAGGGGGCCUUAUUCUCUGAUCACUUCCUUAUUCUGUCUCUUAGUCCUUCUUCUUCCUUUCACAACAGGUGGUUGGGGGUCAGUAGGUACAGAAUGAAGAGGCUGAGGCCUGGUUGGGAGAGUUUGUUAAGGGGGAUGGGGACAGAGAGAGGUUAAGGAGGAGAGGGGUGGGAGAACACUGGGGAGAAGACAGCAUGAUCUUGCCGCCUUCCCUUCUCCUUCCUCUCCCCCAAGACCUACAGAGCUGGCGGUUUUGGAGAGAGGUAUUGGCUGAAGGCCUGGAUACCCUGAUCUUUAUGGGGUUUGUCCUUAGGGCAUCAUGCCCCAGUGGGAGCUCCGUGUCAGGCACAGUCUCUCACCCCCUGCCUGGAGGGCUGGUAGUGGUGAGCCUGGCACAGGUUUUUGAUGAGGUCAGUGGGGCCCAGACAAAUCCGGCCCUGCCACUGGCACUGUUCUGGGCCCAAUGGCUUGACCCUUUCCAGCGGGUAUCCUAUGUUCUGGCCCAGACACAGCAGCCAUCCUGGCCUCAGUCCUCCUCUACCUGGUACUGCCAUGGGUGACUGCAGCCUAGCUGGUCUCUCAGGUAAGCAGCAGCCCCUCUCCCUGAGUAGGACGACAUUAGGUAGUUAAGGAGGGUGGAUGGCUAGGACUUUACGGAAUGAACAAAAGAGGGGGCAGCCCUGCUCUGUGCAUCCUCUCAUUAAGCCACUCAAUACGAUGCAAUAGGCCAAUGAGUCAGGCUCAGCAGCUCAGGAAUUUGGGUGACUUGCUGCAGAUUCUGCUCAAAGCUGCCUUUGUGGAUAGAUGGUGGGAGCUGUGGGCCAGUGGGAGGGAUGUAUGUGUCCUCCACCCCUGGUCUUAGCAUCUCUGGUCCUUUCCAGAUGAGCAAGAGGAGCUAUAUAGGCCGGGGCCAGGGCAUGAAGUUCUCCACUUUCCAGUUUGCCGUGGCUCACCAGCAGGUAGACCAGGCAGGCUGGCAGUGGGUUUCUCAGUGACUUCUGGAGUACUGGCAUAGAUAAGAACCCCACCCAUACCAAGCAGCAGUCUUGGGGAAGGCUGGGUUCCAUUCCUCAAGGGAGACACAGCUUUUUUUUUUUUUUCCUUCAGGAGGCUAGGCUAAUAGAAAACAUUGUGUAUGCUAAUUACAUGUAAAGAUAUGCAAAAAUUCAUGUGAGCUUUUGAGAGCUCAUCCCUAGUUUGAAAGUUUGGCAUUCAGCUAAGUAGGGAGGCUGAUGUGAAAGGAAAUGGGCUGGGGUUCAGUUCUCCAUGGGGUUCUUAUCAACAUCUGAUAAAGAGUAAGGGGGACAGGCUUCCCUGGUGGCGCAGUGGUUAAGAAUCUGCCUGCCAAUGCAGGGGACAGAGGUUUGAGCCCUGGUCUGGGAAGAUGCCACAUGCCACGGAGCAACUAAGCCCGUGCGCCACAACUACUGAGCCUGUGCUCUAGAGCCCGUGAGCCACAACUAUGGAGCACACGUGCCACAACUACUGAGCCUGGGCGCCUAGGGCCCGUGCUCCGCAACAAGAGAAGCCACCGCAAUGAGAAGCCCGCGCACCGUAACAAAGAGUAGCCCCCGCUCGCAGCAACUAGAGAAAGCCCGUUGCACAGCAAUGAAGACCUGACACAGCCAAAAUUAAUUAAUUAAUUAAUUUUUAAAAAGAGUGAAGGAGAGAGGUUGGUAGCUCCAAAUAAGGAAAUUUAACCAUUUUAUUUGGUGUCUACAAGGGCACCAAAUUAGCUGCUCUUUGCCCUUCUAUUCCUUACUAUAAGAGGCUAUAGGGGUAAUGGUUCCUGUUGAUAAAACCCUUAUCAAAUGGCUCCAAUUUAUGAAGUGCUUUGUUCUGUGCCAGGCACCAUCCUGGGCUUGUACCUACAUUACCUUAUUUGAUCCAGAGAAAACUGAGUCUCAGAGAGCUUACAUUAAUUUAUUCAACAAAUACUUAUUUACUGCAUACUGUGUGUCAAGCAUGGGGUUUGCAUGCAAAUCGACAAGUCCCUGCCCUCCUGGAGUUUGUAUCUAGUGGGGUAACUUCCCCACCUAGAAAGUGGUAAAGCCAGGAUUUUUGUUGUUACUGCUAUUCUUUAUGGAUUUCAAGUGCACAGAAUAGUCCUUUGUUCAUGACAUCCCCUUCUCAAUAGCCUAUAUGUGACUCCCAAUUCCGGUGUUUCACAUGGGAACAGCUUGUGAUCUCUGUGACUUGCCACGAUGUGGAGAUGGUGGAGCUUAUCAGUGUGUCCCAUUCUGCCUUCUCCGCCACCACACAGCCCCCAUCUCUAGAUCCCAAGUCCCUCACUAAGCCUGUCCACAACUGAACCUCUUUCCCCAAGCUUUUCUUCCUCAUUUUGUCCUUUCCUCUCUCCUUGACCAGCCUGCUUCCCCAGAUACCCACACCCCCAGACCUUUCCCUAGGCAUAGAGAUUUAGGACUCCAGUGUCCUGAUCACAGCCAGUUUAGGAGGAAUUAGACACUCCCAUUGCUUCAUAGGCAUGACUCAGUUUCCUUCCUCUCAGUACUUCCUGCUACGAUCUUAGAGUUAGGAAAGAUGAAGUACAAACUGAGUCUGAGAUUUAACUACUCACCCCUUUUCCCCUCCCCAGCUCCCCAACCCCACUCUCAGCCUAUCCAUGGAAGAUAGCAUUUUCCUGCUCUCUAUCCUGUGGUUUAAAAGGCCAGCCUGGGAAUUCCCUGGCGGUCCGGUCCAGUGGUUAGGAUUCCAAGCUUCCACUGCAGGGGGCACAGGUUCAAUGCCUGGUCUGGGAACUAAGACCCUGCAAGCUGUGCGGUGUGGCAAAAAAUAAAUGGAUAGAUAGAUAGAUAGAUAAUAAAAAUAAAAGGCCAGGCUGAGGGUUUGGAAAGGGAGGUGCUGGCAUGGGUCAGGGGGAGGGAACCCGGGCUCAGAGAAAGCCAGACGCAGCAGAACUAUUCUGUCCCAGAGCUGCAGGGUCCACAGAUUCCAGCCCAAACCAGCCAAUGGGAGAAGGCCCUCUAAUCCCAGAGAACUAAAGGAUUCUCUUCAACUAUCCAACUUCCCUGCUGGACCCCACUCUUGAUCCCCACCCCCACCCUUACCCCGGCUUGUUCAGAGGAACCUGGAGGCCCCCAGGAGCAGUCAAAUACUCCAUGAAGUGAACUCAGCCUCACUAACCUCCCAAGCAGAGUUGAGGAAUGUUCUAAUAUAGAUGUCAGUCAGGACUAUGAACCCCAACUUUGACUUGAGAAAGACAGAUUCCUCCAGUUCCCCUGUUCUUAGUCCUUUUCUCUCAGAGCCUGACAUGAGCCCUGACCCUAUCCCCACCCUCACACCCAUGGCUGUGCUCAUCUCCCAAUUGAGGAGGGAGGGGAAAAUGCAGCAGCUUUAUCCGAUGCACAAGAGUGGUCCCAGUCCUCUGCAGCUGUGAAGGGGUUAAGAGGCUGGGCCAGCCACCUCAGCCUGCCCCUCCCAGGGAUUAAAAGUCCUCUAUAAAGGGGGCUGUCCAUCCAGAUCAGGCCAGGGGGGUAUCAGGGACCCAGGCAUUGUGCCUAUCCCCCGUGCCAUGUGGGAACUGCGGUCAGCCUCCUUCUGGAGGGCCAUAUCUGCUGAGUUCUUUGCCACCCUCUUCUAUGUCUUCUUCGGGCUAGGGGCCUCACUGCGUUGGGCCCCUGGACCACUGCAUAUCUUGCAGGUGGCUUUGGCCUUUGGCCUGGCCCUGGCUACACUGGUGCAGGCUGUGGGCCACAUCAGUGGAGCCCAUGUCAAUCCUGCAGUCACUUUCGCCUUCCUUGUGGGCUCCCAGAUGUCCCUGCUCCGUGCCUUCUGCUACAUGGCAGCCCAACUCCUGGGAGCCGUGGCUGGGGCUGCCGUGCUGUACAGUGUUACUCCGACUGCCGUCCGAGGAAACCUAGCACUUAACACGUUGCACCCUGGGGUGAGUGUGGGCCAGGCCACCAUAGUGGAGAUCUUCCUGACGCUCCAGUUCGUGCUCUGCAUCUUUGCCACAUACGACGAGAGGCGGAAUGGCCGCCUGGGCUCCGUGGCCCUGGCCGUUGGCUUCUCCCUCACCCUGGGGCACCUCUUUGGGAUGUAUUAUACUGGUGCAGGCAUGAACCCUGCCCGCUCCUUUGCUCCUGCCAUUCUUACCAGAAACUUCACCAACCACUGGGUGUACUGGGUGGGCCCAAUCAUUGGAGCAGGCCUGGGCAGUCUCCUUUAUGACUUUCUCCUCUUCCCCCGGCUCAAGAGUGUUUCUGAGAGACUGUCUAUUCUCAAGGGUGCCAGGCCCAGUGAAUCCAAUGGACAACCAGAGGGCACAGGGGAACCUGUUGAACUGAAGACCCAGGCCCUGUAAAAGCUCCAGCUGAAUAGAGGGAAUAGGAAGCUUCUGGGUUUACAUGGAGGGGCUGAGCCAGCCCCUGGAUAAAGAAAGAGACUGUGGGGAGGGGCAUGUACUUCUUUAUUUUUAAAUUUAUGUGUGUGUUUUAUUUUU